AUGGGUGGUCUGUACGACGAUCUUCCCGCGGCGCGAGGCGACGUCGAGGGCGAUGGCGACGACGAUGGAGGCGUACACGCUCGCGCGAGUGAGAUGUCAGAAAAUGGAAAACCGCGCGCGACGACGACGACGGCGCGCGCGGAGGGGUCGGGCGAGGAGAAAAAGCCCACGGCUUCGAUCGCGUGGGCGUCGAGGGCGCAGGCGAGCGCGUUGCGAUUGGCGAGGAGUCGAACGAAGCGCGACGCGGAGGAACGCGCGAGAGCGCUCGCGAGACGGAAGAGGUUAGAGAAUCAAGCGCACGCGAUCGAGGAGACGCGUGGCGAAGCGGAGCGGACGGUGGUGAUUGAAACGAAUUUGGGAGAGGGCGCGACGGGUGAUCGUUACGAUCCGAGAGCGCCGAAUGAUUACGAGCGGACGCUUCGCGAGCGCCGAGCGCGCGCGGCGGCGGCGCGAGAGGAGACGAGGGUGCGCGAGAGGCUCGAGCGAGAGGAGCGAAAGCGGAGAGAGUCAGAGGCUCAAGAUGAGCGCACAGGGGUGAGGGAGCGACGGUUGAGGGUUUUAUUGGAGGAGAGCGGGACGGACGUGCGGCGGCGUCGAUUGGCGCAGACGCGAGUUGGUGCCGAGGCAUCGACGGGUGAACCAUCGGGGGGCGGGAAGAAGAUGAGCGCGGCAGAAAAGAUGAUGGAGAAGAUGGGUUGGACCAAAGGACGGGGUCUUGGAAAGGACGAGCAAGGAAUGACGACGCCGCUGGAGGUGCGAAAAGACUCGGCGGGUGCCACUGGGAAAAUCAUCAACGCGAGACCAGUGUUCGACGUGUCCGCGAUAACGUCGUCCACAGGACGUGGACUCGGACUCGGCGAAACGUCAGAAGGUAAAAGUGUCGAUCCUUCACCGACACCGACGAGGGUUCUGUUGUUGCGAAACAUCGUCCUCGCCGGCGGCGUCACUGAAGCAACAGAGGACCAAGUCGCAGACGAGUGCGAAAAGUACGGCGACGUCGUUCGCGUGCUCAUUUUUGAGAUCACUGAGGACGGUUUCGCCAUAGACGAGGCCGUGCGAAUAUUUACCGAAUUCGUCGACGAGGAAGCCGCGACUCGCGCGUUGGAGAAUCUUCACGGAAACGUAUUCGCGAAUCGCGUAGUCAAGGCGAGUUAUUUUGACGUCAAGAAGUUCGAGGCGGGCGAUCUCGGUCCGCAGGAGGGAGAAAUGUAA